GACGCCAUAGAAGAGGCGGGUGGCUCCGGUCUUCUCUCCCAUUUUUAUUAUCCUUUCUAAAUCCACAUCUUCUCUCCACUUCGCCACAAACACAAACACACACACAGACAUACACUCUCUCUACUCUCGUUUGAGAGACCAGAGAGACUUCUCCCCGUUCUCUUCUUCUUUUCAAUCUAUGGCUCUGCAAUCCGUCUCUCCCAUUCCUCAUCUUCUUUCGACGAAACCAAGCUCCGUCCUCUCAUCCGAAAAAAGUUUCUUGUUCGUUGACUUUGUAGGUCUGUAUUGUAAGUCAAAGAGAAUCAGGCGGAGAAUUGGACUUCCCGUUUCUCGAUCGUGCUAUUCGAGAUUGGCAACUAAGAACUCAUCGUCGCUCCAGGCGGUCCUUGAUUUUGAGAGAACCAAUGCCCCUGCCUCGGAAAAGCUAUCUUCUGAUUCCAAAUACGAGGUUGCAAAAUUGGAUGACAUAAUAUCAGAAAGAGGAGCAUGUGGAGUUGGAUUUAUUGCCAAUCUGGAAAAUAAAGCAUCACAUGAAAUUGUGAAGGAUGCUCUUACAGCUCUUGGUUGCAUGGAACAUCGUGGGGGCUGUGGAGCGGAUAAUGAUUCAGGUGAUGGUUCAGGAGUGAUGACUUCAAUCCCAUGGGACCUAUUUGAUGACUGGGCUGCAAAGCAAGGAAUUGCUUCUUUUGAUAAGUUGCACACUGGAGUUGGAAUGGUCUUUCUUCCCAAAGAUAGUGGUCUUGAGGAGGAAGCUAAAAUAGUUAUUAUAAAUAAUUUUGAGAAAGAGGGUCUUGAGGUGCUUGGAUGGAGGCCAGUACCUGUGAAUAUGUCUGUAGUUGGUCUCUAUGCAAAAGAAACCAUGCCCAACAUACAGCAAGUGUUUGUUAGAGUUGUUAAAGAAGAGAACAUUGAUGACAUUGAACGGGAACUAUAUAUCUGCCGGAAAUUGAUUGAAAGGGAAGCAAACUUGCAAAGUUGGGCUGAUGAACUCUACUUUUGCUCAUUGUCCAAUCAAACCAUUGUUUACAAGGGGAUGCUUCGUUCAGAAGUUCUUGGGUUAUUUUAUUAUGAUCUUCAGAAUGAUCUAUAUAGAUCACCUUUUGCCAUCUAUCACCGGAGGUACAGCACAAAUACUAGUCCCAGAUGGCCUCUUGCACAACCAAUGAGGUUUCUUGGUCAUAAUGGAGAGAUCAAUACCAUACAGGGGAACUUAAAUUGGAUGCAAUCUCGAGAAGCUUCUUUGAAAUCCUCUGUUUGGCGUGGCCGUGAAAGUGAAAUUCGUCCUUUCGGUAACUCAAAGGCAUCGGACUCUGCAAAUCUCGACAGUACUGCAGAAUUGCUAAUAAGAAGUGGCCGUACUCCUGAUGAAGCUCUAAUGAUUCUUGUCCCAGAGGCAUAUAAGAAUCAUCCAACUUUGUCGAUCAAAUAUCCUGAGGUUGUAGAUUUUUAUGACUACUACAAGGGUCAGAUGGAGGCCUGGGAUGGACCUGCCUUACUCUUAUUCAGUGAUGGAAAAACAGUUGGGGCUUGUCUUGAUCGGAAUGGACUGCGACCUGCAAGGUAUUGGAGGACAAAAGAUAAUGUUGUGUAUGUUGCCUCUGAGGUUGGUGUUCUACCUGUGGACGAAUCAAAAAUUACCAUGAAAGGCCGUCUAGGUCCCGGCAUGAUGAUAACUGCUGAUUUACUGAAUGGGCAGGUUUAUGAGAACACUGAAGUUAAAAAACGAGUUGCAUUGUUGAAUCCGUACGGAAAGUGGGUUUCUGAAAAUUUGCGGUCCAUGAAGCCCGUGAAUUUCUUAUCAACAACAGUCAUGGAAAAUGAAGCAAUCUUAAAACGCCAGCAGUAAGUAUCACAGUGCAAGUUUUCUAUCUUCAGUAAUGUUAUUAAGUGGUGUUAUUACAAUACUAUGUUUCAAGGAAAGUUCAGAUCAUUUUGUAUUUUGUAUGACAUUUAGAUGUUAGCAUUUGUUAUCGUACCUGUAUUAUCUUCUUGUUUAUCUCCUAUUUUAUUUCGUUUUAUUUUUCAAUCACUUCCCACUGUGCACAUGCAGGUGACAAAUCCAGCUAUUGAUCCUCUUAGGGAGGGACUGGUUAUGUCUCUUGAAGUUAAUAUUGGAAAACGUGGAAAUAUAUUGGAAGUUGGACCUGAGAAUGCAUCACAGGUUAAUUUAUCUAGUCCUGUACUAAAUGAGGGAGAGCUUGAGUUCUUGCUGAAGGAUCCUUUAUUGAAACCUCAAGUUCUACCAACAUUUUUUGAUAUACGUAAAGGAGUUGAAGGUUCCUUGGAAAAGAGACUUCUUAAGCUCUGUGAAGCAGCUGAUGAAGCUGUUCGUAAUGGUUCUCAACUGCUUGUUGUCUCUGACCGGUCUGAAGAACUGGAACCAACACGACCUGCAAUUCCAAUACUUCUUGCUGUUGGUGCUGUUCAUCAGCAUCUUAUUCAAAAUGGUCUGCGUAUGUCGGCGUCAAUAAUCGCUGAUACUGCUCAGUGCUUCAGCACACAUCACUUUGCCUGUCUGAUUGGAUAUGGAGCAAGUGCUGUAUGUCCAUACUUGGCACUGGAGACAUGUAGGCAGUGGCGCUUGAGUAGCAAGACUGUGAACUUGAUGCGUAAUGGAAAGAUGCCAACUGUAACAAUUGAGCAGGCUCAAAAAAAUUAUUGCAAGGCAGUUAGUGCUGGUCUUCUAAAAAUUCUUUCUAAGAUGGGCAUUUCAUUGCUUUCAAGUUAUUGUGGUGCACAGAUAUUUGAGAUAUAUGGAUUAGAGCAGGAAGUUGUUGAUCUUGCAUUUCGUGGAAGUGUAUCAAAAAUUGGUGGAUUAACUCUUGACGAGCUUGCAAGGGAGACUUUGUCUUUUUGGGUGAAGGCCUUCUCUGAGGAUACAGCUAAACGAUUGGAAAAUUUUGGAUUUAUACAAUUUAGACCUGGAGGGGAGUAUCAUGGAAACAACCCAGAGAUGUCAAAAUUGCUCCACAAAGCUGUUCGAGAGAAAAGUGAAAGUGCAUUUUCAGUUUAUCAGCAGCAUUUGGCAAACCGACCGGUUAAUGUUCUCCGUGAUCUUCUUGAGUUUAAAAGUGAUCGUGCACCAAUUCCUGUUGGAAAGGUGGAGCCUGCUUCGUCUAUUGUUCAACGGUUUUGCACAGGUGGAAUGUCUCUUGGGGCGAUUUCAAGAGAAACCCAUGAAGCAAUUGCCAUUGCAAUGAAUAGAAUAGGUGGAAAAUCUAAUUCUGGAGAAGGCGGUGAGGAUCCUAUUCGCUGGAAUCCACUUACUGAUGUGGUUGAUGGGUACUCUCCUACAUUGCCGCAUCUUAAGGGUCUUCAAAAUGGGGAUACCGCUACAAGUGCUAUUAAGCAGGUCGCUUCAGGACGUUUUGGUGUCACUCCAACAUUCUUGGUCAAUGCAGAUCAGUUAGAAAUCAAAAUUGCACAAGGUGCAAAGCCUGGUGAAGGUGGUCAACUACCUGGCAAAAAAGUUAGUGCUUAUAUUGCAAGGCUGAGAAAUUCUAAGCCGGGUGUUCCGCUUAUAUCUCCGCCACCGCACCAUGACAUAUAUUCUAUUGAGGAUCUAGCUCAGUUAAUUUAUGACCUUCAUCAGAUCAAUCCCAAGGCAAAGGUGUCAGUGAAGCUCGUGGCAGAAGCUGGGAUUGGAACAGUUGCUUCAGGGGUUGCGAAGGGUAAUGCCGAUAUUGUACAGAUAUCAGGGCAUGAUGGUGGAACUGGAGCCAGUCCUAUAAGUUCUAUAAAGCAUGCUGGUGGCCCAUGGGAACUUGGACUAACAGAAACUCACCAGACUCUCAUUGAAAAUGGACUUAGAGAAAGGGUCAUUCUCAGAGUUGAUGGUGGUUUAAAAGGUGGAGUCGAUGUCCUAAUGGCUGCGGCAAUGGGUGCUGAUGAAUAUGGGUUUGGUUCUGUGGCAAUGAUUGCUACAGGAUGCAUUAUGGCUCGUAUUUGCCACACAAAUAAUUGCCCAGUUGGUGUUGCCAGUCAGAGAGAAGAAUUACGUGCUCGUUUCCCUGGUGUGCCUGGUGAUCUUGUCAAUUUCUUUCUAUAUGUUGCUGAGGAGGUAAGAGGUGUACUGGCACAGUUGGGAUACGAGAAGUUAGAUGACAUAAUUGGACGGACAGAUUUAUUAAAACCACGAGAUAUCUCAUUAGUGAAAACACAGCAUCUUGAGCUUAAUUAUAUUCUCAGAAGUGUUGGGUUACCAAAAAGGAGCAGUACUGCAAUUAGGAAUCAAGAUGUUCAUUCAAAUGGUCCCGUCCUAGAUGAUACUUUGCUUGCUGAUCCAGAGAUACGAGAUGCAAUUGAAUAUGAGAAAGUAGUCCAUAAAACUGUGAAGAUAUAUAAUGUGGACCGUGCUGUUUGUGGGCGGGUAGCAGGUGCAGUUGCAAAGAAAUAUGGAGAUACUGGGUUUGCUGGGCAGCUAAACAUUACAUUCACUGGCAGUGCUGGCCAGUCCUUUGCAUGUUUCUUGACACCUGGAAUGAAUAUCAGACUUGUAGGAGAGGCUAAUGAUUAUGUGGGAAAGGGGAUGGCAGGAGGUGAAUUGGUGGUAACUCCUGCUGAGAAUGCCGGGUUUUGCCCAGAGGAUGCAACUAUAGUAGGGAAUACUUGUUUGUAUGGUGCAACUGGUGGUCAAAUAUUUGCUAGAGGAAAAGCGGGGGAGAGAUUUGCUGUUAGAAAUUCACUUGCUCAGGCAGUGGUUGAGGGCACAGGAGACCAUUGUUGUGAAUACAUGACUGGCGGUUGUGUGGUUGUAAUUGGAAAAGUGGGAAGAAAUGUUGCUGCUGGAAUGACAGGAGGAUUAGCUUAUAUUCUUGAUGAGGAUGACACUCUCAUCCCUAAGGUAAAUAAGGAGAUUGUAAAGAUCCAAAGAGUGACUGCUCCAGUUGGGCAGAUGCAAUUGAAAAGUCUUAUUGAAUCCCAUGUUGAAAAAACUGGAAGUGGCAAGGGCUCUGCCAUUCUAAAGGAAUGGGAGAAGUAUCUGCCACUCUUCUGGCAACUGGUUCCGCCAAGUGAAGAAGACACGCCAGAGGCUAGUGCUGAGUAUGAGAGAACAACUGCCGGGAAGGUGACAUUACAGUCUGCUUAAGGUAAAAAUUUGAUGUUACAUUCUGUAACGUCCAAGUUCGUAAAACCAACAGUCCGGCAGUUGCAGCCCAACACUGUACAGUUAAGUGGCAGGAAUAGAAGCAGAUGGAUUACCAUAAUUCGAAAUCCUCAUUCUGCACCAGUGAUAAGGAGGACUCAACUCAAGAGUGCAAGGUGACACCUCUUUACUGUCGGAUAAAAUUUAUCGGAAAUUUUUUAACCUAGUAGAAGCAUUCAACCUCCAUGUUAUUGCAAUUGUAUAGUAGCUUAUGGCAGGAACUGUCAAUGAGGUUGGAUUUAUGGGGUCUUUUGGCAAUAAGAACUUCAAACUGCUAUUGCCUUUCUGUUGCUUCUUUCUUCGUGGAAUAAUUAGGUUCUAUCAUGCAUGUUCUUCAUAUUUAUAAUCCUCUAGCCAUCUUUAAUUCCUGUACUCAUCUUUUUUUUCUUGUAUUACAAUGAUAACUACGAUAAUAAAUAAUAACUCCAUUGAAGAUUA